CAGGACGCUGACCUGGUUUUCGUAUGAUAGUUGAACUCGAAGUGUUGCGCGUGUGAGGUGAGAUGAGGCGGGGGGGGAGGCCCCCGCGCCUCUUAUCAGGCCUGUUAUCGGGAGAUAAGGCAAACUGGCUCGGAGACGUGCAGGCAAUCGCAGUUGGAUCAUCAGGGUGACGAGGCUGGUCGGACACCGGCCGCCGCCCGCCAUCGCUAUGCUGCAUUCGCUGAACGCUCUUGCCGGCAAAAUAUCGCCGGGCGGCGGCCUUGACUCAAACGCCAACAGACACUCACACCCUAACCGGAAUCAUAAGCCGACGUCGCCAUCUUCUCCAUACUCCAAGCCCAAUGGGAUGACAAUGAGCAUCAACAACAACAGCCUAACAAAUAACAACAACACGACCAACAUAAACAACAACAACAAUGACGAAAAGGAAAUGCCCGAUCCUGAUUAUAUCAAGAUGUUCGUUGGUCAAGUACCGCGGAGUAUGGACGAGAACGACCUGCGGCUAAUGUUCGAGGAGUUCGGCCGGGUGCAUCAGAUCAACGUGCUCCGGGACAAAAUAACCGGCGCGAGUAAAGGGUGCUGUUUUGUGACGUUUUUCACACGCAAGGCGGCGUUGAAAGCGCAAGACGCUUUGCACAAUAUCAAAACGUUAAGUGGGAUGCACCAUCCGAUUCAAAUGAAGCCGGCUGACAGUGAAAAUAGAAAUGAACGAAAGCUAUUCGUGGGUAUGCUGAACAAGAAGCUAUCAGAAAACGACGUACGCGCACUGUUCACGGGACACGGCGCUAUAGAGGAGUGCACCGUAUUGCGGGACGCGCAGGGCCAAAGCAAGGGCUGCGCGUUUGUCACCUUCGUUUCCAAGCAGGCUGCCAUUGCUGCUAUUAAGGCGCUACACCACAGUCAAACAAUGGAAGGCUGCUCGGCUCCGUUAGUUGUGAAAUUCGCUGAUACACAAAAAGAGAAAGAGCAAAAGAAAUUACAGGCCAUGCAGGCCAGUCUUUGGGGCAUUUCAGCUCCUGUGGCACCUACAGCCUACUUGGCAAGUGAGGCCGCUCUGUCCCCUGCCACGCAACUGCAAUUGCUUCAACAAUUGCAGGCUGUUGGUCUACAACAACAAUUAUUACAGGGUCAGGGGUCCACGUUGUUGCAAGGUAACAUUUAUUGUGUUAACUAUCAGGAUAUCGGUUUCAAUGGCGCAGGGCUGAGCGGGGGUGCUGUGAGCAGCGUUGGGGGCGUAGGAGGGGAGCAGUUGGGUGGCUUGCUUGCGCCGGUGUCAGUGCAAAAUCUGGCUGCGCUGGCGGCGAUGACACAACCGCCGGUGGUGACGCAGGCAGCGCCUAUCGCGCCCGCCGCCGCUACCGCUGCGCCCCAACCCGCAGCUCCUCCUUUGUGUCUUCUCGGGAAGACUAACGUCACAGGGUCUACAGCAGAGCCUCUGAAUUCUGCUUACGCAGCGCAAUUCGGUACUGCAUUUGCAGCCGCGCCACUUGGUUCGGUACUAGGUUCAGCCGCAGCUGCAGCUGCUGGGAAACAGGUCGAAGGUCCAGAAGGCGGUAACCUGUUUAUAUACCAUCUGCCGCAAGAGUUCACCGAUACGGAUCUCGCGUCCACUUUCCUUCCUUUUGGCCACGUGAUAUCGGCUAAAGUGUUCAUAGACAAACAAACGAACCUUUCUAAGUGCUUCGGUUUCGUCUCGUACGACAACGCUGCCUCCGCGCAGGCUGCCAUACAAGCCAUGAACGGCUUCCAAAUAGGUACAAAGAGACUCAAAGUUCAAUUGAAACGUUCUAAAGAACUAUCGAGACCGUACUAGAAUAUUCCAGAACUCGUUCCUAGUGAAUUUAAAAAAAGUAAGAAAAACUACGCGAGGUUGUAAGUUUCAAGAACGUUUGUUGUGAUGUAUCCGGUGCACAUGAACUGAAUAGUCCCUAAGGUUCGUUCGAAAACGCGAGUCCACGUGCACAGUUGUUAACUAAUAAGUUUAAGGUUAAGGUUUGUGUCAAAGGAUUUAUCGUUUCCAAAGUAUUCCCAAAAUCGUUUUAUUAUUAUAUUACUAUUUUCUUUACCAUGUAAGUUUUAGUCACUUUUAAGCAUAAGUUGAAUGCUUUUAGGAACCGAUACAUUUUGCGUACGCCAAAGAGCUAGUACUGGAAACCAUGUUUUUGUUGUCUAAGAAAAAUUUACUUAAUAAAAGACAAGCUUAUCAUUUUAUCAUCCAGCCUGCCGAAAGGUACCUAUAAGUAUUGCUUAUAGAUUUAAUAUUAUAUACAGUUACGUUCGUUAGAACAACUUAAUAUUAUUUUUUGUUAUAGACUUUUGUUCUUUUAUUGUGUUACCAUUAUAAUCAUAAAUGUGGCCAUCGUCAGUUGAACAGUCCUAAGUCUUUUUUGUUAAAAAUUAUAAGAUGUUAGAUUAACAAAAAAUGAUCUCAAAGUGAUCAGUGUAUUUAUUGUUUGCCUUGCUGUCAAUAGUGUACUUAAAAAGUUUGUAUUGUUUUCUUUGUAAAGCUCCAAUUUUGAGAGGGGCUUCUGAAAGAGUAGAUAUCUCAAGUUGUCUCAAGAAUCUUCUAAUCUAGAAAUUUAGCAAUCACAAUUCAUAUUAUAUAAGGAAAUAUGGGUUACCAAACCGAUUCACGAAAAGUAUACUAAAGUCCAAAAUGACAUAUCAUUUUACGACAACUUGAGAUGUCUCUUUAUGUUCUUAAUGGUAAAUAAUUCAACGUUACUGUACUUGUAUACUGAUUUUAAUUUGUAAAUGACCACAUCGAACACUGGCCCUUUAGUCAAAAAUUUUCGUUAGAUUUAAGUAUUUAAAUGAUAGACUAUUUUCGUAAGUAAGAUUAGUAUUCAUUACUUAAAAUUAUUUUAUUGUACGUCACUAUUUUCUAAAUAGUCACCGGCACCUUUUUUGACUUUACUUGAUACUUAUUAUUAAUGUUAAAAAUUAAGUAUUAAUAGGUACCUUAAUUUGAAUAUAACCACGUUUCUUAAUUAUUUACAAAAUGGCUCAAUAAGAAAUGGCAAUUAAGAACAAUUAACCGCGAACUUGAAAAUAAACCGAUUUAGAUACGUUUAAAGUUAACCUUACAUUUGACUUUUAUUUACCUACUUAAGAUUUAAUUUCUUUAAAUGUUCUUGUGCCAAUGUGUUUUUUGUUUUAUUGUUUAAAUAAAACUGACCAAUCUUAAGUGUUUAAUACACAUCUUUCUUAAGUUGUAGAUUCAUUCACUAUCUUCUAAAAGAACUGAUGUAGACCAUCAUUUAACGUGUUAAUUAAAAUUUAGUUGAGUAUUAUUGUAUUUAAAGAAGGAAUAUUAUUGACAUGGGUUAUUAUUUAGUUUAAUUUAGUCAUGUUUUUGAUGUCUCAUGGAAGACAAUAUUUAGACUGAAUAAGUUCCCUUCUAGAUGUUCAGAGUGGACAAAAACACACAUAUUCGACUAUUAAUAGAAUAAACAAUUUGUUUGAAAUUGUCUGAUCCCAUUUCUGAUAGUCAAAUAUGUAUGGCAAGUCCGUUAUUCAAUGUCUUGUGAUUCCUUUAGUAAGGUCAUCGUAGUCUUCACUAUUUUCGUCUUUUGUUUUUCUUGUUGUUAAGAUAAUAAAUUAUUAUAAAAAGGGGAAUGUAUUGUUAAACCAUAUUGACAUUCUGAAUAAUAGAUUAUAAUUUACGCCAUAAUCCCUAGACACGACCACAAGAGGGCGCCACAGUACAAUUGCUCUGAUUUUACUUUGCUAUCAAAUUUUGUAUGGAAAAUGAAAGACUCGAUUAUUCAGUCAAAAAAAUACGUGAUUGACAUUUAUUUUGACAAAAUUGAGGCAAACUGAAAUUGGAAGAUGUCUUGGCCCCAAGCCUGUUUAUAGGUGUGAUCUACGUAGAAUAAAUUCAGAAAUAAGACAAUUUUUUAACAGCGGUUUUCUAGGCGUCUGAAACGGGAACCUCAUUGUUGUUGUAAAUACUUAUCGUGGACAAAAUAAACCAUGUAGUACUGGUGACAAUGUACAAUGGAAAAACGUACCUGAAGCCGAUAUCUUCGCCUUUUUGCUUUGCUUUUGAUGUUGGCCAAAGGUAGGUUUUUCUCUUACCACAUGUUUCCAAAUGAAACGAUCAUUGAAAACCUAGACUUUAGUCCUCCAUGUUCACAUAUUUAAAAAAAAAUAACUUGAGAAAACACAGCUUUUCAAAACAUUCGGCAAGUUAGAUAUGACCUGAAAGGAAUAGAGAGGGUCAGAUCUAUUCCCUUCUCGUUUGUUCUUGUAUUUGUGUACCUUUCCAAUAUUCUUCAGACUUAUAAACGAUCCAACUUUUCAAGAAAUAAAUGUCGUUACGCUGUGUCUUCUAGCAGAAAAACAACGUUUUCGAGCGUAUUCUGCUUUCUAUUAUAGUCUU